CCACGCCGAGAGAAGUAGCAGAACAUUCCACGAUGGAAGAGUCGCUGCUGUCGAUGUUGGCCUCGAUGUGCGGCUGGUUCACGCCGACCGUCCUCUUCGUCCUCCUCAACCUCGUCAUCGGCGGCAUCGCCGUCGCCUCCAAGUCAUCCCACCAUCACCAGCCCGGCGCCGCGGCGGACGACGACGGCGGAGCCUACCCUGGCCGUUUCCUCGCCCGCUCCCCCUCCAUCGUCCUCGACCGCCUUCGCUCCUUCAACCUCCACCGCUGCCGCUCUGGCGAGAUCCCCGCUCCCUUCGAGGCCUCCGAUCACCGCCCCGAACAUUCAGGACGGAGUCAGUCGGAGCCGCGGCCGACGGCCGGGGAGAUGCCGCCGAGGCUGUCGGUGCCGAUCAAGAAGCCGGCCAGCGAGGAGUCGGCGUUCCCGCACUUCCACGAGGCGGAGGUCGAUGAGGCGGCGGCGGCAGCGGCAGCGACAGAAACCGUGGAUCCGGCCGAAGGAGACGGCGACGAGGAAGUGGAUGCGCGGGCUGAUGACUUCAUCAAUCGGUUCCGGCAUCAGUUGAAGCUGCAGCGCAUGGCAUCCAUCAUGAGGUACAGGGCGAUGCCCAACCGUGGCCGUUAAUAAAUAAAUGCUAUUAUUAUUAUUAUUAUUAUUAUUAUUAUUAUUAU